GUAAACUGCGGGCUCAGUGCGGAGCGAGCGAGGGUUUUCUCCUUGGAAGCAAAAGAGUGUGGGGCGGUGGAUCAUGGGGGAGAGGUUAGAAGGGCUGAUUAACCAGAAAUGCAUUGGUGGCCGCUGCGUAGAUUAAAUACAAAGGUCAGCACCUCCCCCGGACCUCUCGCGCGAGCGCUUUCCCAUAUCUCGACCAACCCAUCAUGUCGGACUCAUCUGUCAAUGGAGACUUCCUUGCUCCUGCCAGGCAAUCCAGCUCUCCCAAUUCGAAGAGGAAAGCCAGCGACGCCGGCCUGCCGGCUACCGGCACCAGGAUCCACAAAAGUGUCAAGAGACGUGCGUCAAAAGCCUGCCAGUCUUGCAGAGCUCGCAAAGUACGCUGCAAUGUCGUCGAGCAGAGUCCCUGUACCAACUGCAGACUCGACGAGGUCGAGUGCAUAGUCUCAGAAAGCAAGCGCAAGAAGAAAUGGACCAAGGCCGAUGAAGAGGGACACGCGGCAGGAGGCUGCUCUCCUUCCCUUUCUACCUCGAUACAGCAGCCCAGUCUCAGUUUCCAUGACUCACCAGGGCACCUGCCUCAUUCGUUGUAUCAAGAUUUGGAUCCUCAGACUUUUGAUCCUGCUCGCCGUCAAAGUCUGGCGAGAUCAAUUUCUAUCCCACACGACCCCUCAGAUAGCAUCUCGCUCUCAGGAGUUGACCCGAACUCUCUGUUUGGACUACAAGCACAUACCCCUCCACCCCACCAGGCACUUCCUGCAUUCAUCAGGACUUUCCCUUCGACUUUUGGUCCAGAAGACCUGUCAUACUUGGCUAAGAAGGGCGCUCUCACAAUACCUCCACCCGGCUUACGAGCUGCAUUAUUGAGAUGCUUUGUGGAGAACAUUCACCCAUAUAUGCCUCUGUUGGACAUCCACGAGCUCAUCAAUACUGUGGACAACAACGAUGCCAACUCUGCCAUCAGUCUCUUACUGUUCCAGGCAAUCAUGUUUGCAGGUGUAGCUUCCGUGGAUAUGGCAUAUCUACACACCGCCGGAUACACAAACAGAAGGGCUGCGAGACGCGAUUUCUUCCAGAAGACUAGACUUCUUUACGAUUUCGACUACGAAGCGGACCGAAUCUCCUUGAUCCAAUCUUUGCUUCUCAUGACCUUCUGGUACGAAACACCGGAUGACCAAAAGGAUAGCCAUCACUGGAUGGGUAUUGCUGUUUCUCUUUCCCAUACUAUCGGACUUCAUCGCAAUCCCGAGCGCUCCAGCAUGAUCCCCAAACAGCGACGUCUAUGGAAGCGCAUUUGGUGGGCAACAUACAUGCGCGAUCGUCUUAUUGCUCUAGGAAUGCGCCGCCCAACAAGGAUAAAGAACGAGGAUUUCGACGUGCCUAUGCUGACGAUAGACGACUUCGAAUUUGCCAGCCUGUCGAGUCAAUCGUCCUGCAUUCCGCCAAGCUGCAAAAUCAUGCAGGACACAUCUAUGCAAAAAGAGUUGGCCAUUAUGUGUAUCGAAAAGGCCAAAUUGUGCAUUUGCAUCAGCCAUGUCUUGUCAACCCAAUACUCGGUACUCCACAACAACCAUGGUGUACAAAGCCACGAAGGGACUACGCGCACCACUAUGAUGCUCGUAGCACGCAAGGACGACCCUGAAAAGUGCUCCGUGAAAGCUUGCGAUGAGGAGCUUAAGCAGUGGAAAGCCUCAAUUGCACCUGAAGCAAAGUAUAAGCCUUCUUCAUUGUUUGAUCUUACAGCCGGCAAAGGAACUGUUGCACUCCAUCGCUCUCUGCUGCACAUGAUAUACUUGGCUACACUUUCAGCUUUGCACAGGCCGCAAGUUCUCCCAUCAACCGCUGCCCCAUCUCGGAAGAUGGCUUCCGAGGUCUUGGAUACCUCUCGCAGAACUGUCCGUUUUGCAGCCAACAGGCUUACUGCCGUUGCUCAAAACCUGAAUGAGCUUGACUUGAUUCGCUGUUUGCCCACCUCAGGUAUUACCGUCCUUUUGCCGGCCAUCAUUAUCCAUUUGCUCGACAUCAAGGCACCUGAUGAGACAACUCGCCGCGCCAGCUUGCAAGGUUUCUGCCAGUGCAUGCAAAUCCUCAACAAGCUGCGUGAUAUCUACGCAGCUGCAGAUUACUCGACUGCAUUCCUGGAAGCAGCGAUCCGCAAAGCAGAAAUCACACUUCCCCCUCCCAAGAUGGGCCCGCCGCCUCGUCCUACGCACGUGGCCAAUAUGUCCAAUAUGAUGAAGGCAGCAAGGUCAAGUAUCGGAAAUGUCAGCCGCUUAACGCCGCCGCCAGAACUUGCUGCAAGUGUGAACAACGAGCAGCAGACACAAUCUCGCCAACAAGUCGACCAAGGAGAACCACAGGUCUCAGAGAAUGACUUGGCCCAGCACCUUAACAACUUCCUUGCAUCGACACCUCCAGGCUCUGAGCAUACGACCGACAGCCAGAUCGAUGAUACCACAGCGGCUGCUUUCAACAUCCCGGCUCUGGACACUGAUUUUGACACCUUGAUCAACCUGGACGCAGCGGGUGAAUCUUUCACAUUUGACGACGGCACUUUCCCCACCAUGCCAGCUUUCGACUCGACGGACGGCGGCUUUAUGGACAUGGACUGGAUGAGGCACAUGAACACUAAUGAUGACAUUUCUUUCGGCGUUUAAGCGGCAUGGGGAUAAUUCUAGACGGCAUACAGUACGCACUUCUUGUUAAUAUAGGUCGGUUUGAUUUUGAAGAGAUUGUGCGGCAUCUUUUCUGCAUAUCUUUGUACAUUUUGAUACCUUAGACUGUGU